AUGCAGAAAAAAGAUACACCCGAGUCACCGCUUCCAAAAGCCCCAGGCGGGCGUUUUCCCCAUCUGUAUCCCGCGGCAUUUUCUACUAUUGGUAAUGUCAUCUUUGUCAUCGGUCCGCCAGGAAGUGGCAAGGGCACGUUGUGCUCUCGCAUAUGCGCAGAGUAUCCUCGCCGCUUCAAGCACCUGUCAGUCGGAGAUUACCUCCGGGAGCUUGUCGGCUCCAACGCAUCGGGUGGUGCCUCAUCCCCGCCUAACAUCCCAGCUCUUCGUCCUGGUGCCCUCCGGCCGGAAGAAAUCGCAAGAUACGUGCGAGAGAGCAAGCUCCUUCCGCCGAACACCCUCAUACAACUGAUCAAGGCAAAACUACUCGCUGAGUUUACUCCGUCCGACACCUUCUGGCUGAUUGAUGGGUUCCCUCGUGACGAAAAGUCCGCUGAGGAAUUUGAGAUGCAUUUCGGUGCGCCAAAGGGCCUGAUCCAGCUCACUUGCGACGAGUCAAUCGCCCGUCAGAGGUUUCUCGAUCGCCGGCGAGCUCCUUCAGACAACGAAGAGGCCUUCGAGAGGCGACUGAAACAGCACUAUGACAGCUUGGACUGGAUUGCCAUUCGUUACUGUCUACUGGAGUACCGAAUGCGUGUCAAUUCCGGCGUAGUGGGCUGGGUCAGUCAGGCUCUGGACGCUAUCAGGCAAGAUUGCGCCGAAAUUGUUGACAAACCUGACACGGCUGCGGCACGGGAAGAAAAUAAACUGUAA